AUGACAGAUAAUAUAUCACUUGUGACGGGUGCAAGCGGCUUUAUCGCUAGCCAUGUCGUUCAGCAGCUACUCGAAAAUGGUGACCGGGUCCACGCCACCGUUCGCAGUACCAAAAAUAAAAAGAAGAUCAAGCACCUCCUUGAUAUGCAGGAACGAUGGCCCGGGAAACUGACUUUAUUCGAAGCGGAUUUGCUCGUGGCAGGCUCCUUUGAACCUCCAAUGAAGGGCUGUUCAGUGGUAUAUCAUAUUGCAUCACCUUUUUUCAUCGAAAACAAAAUUCGUGACGGCCAGAAAGAGGUCGUUGAACCAGCCCUCAAAGGAACACAGCACGUGCUUGAUGCAGUUCAGAAAUGCGAGACGGUCAAGCUCGUUGUCCUGACUUCAUCCGUGGCAGCCAUCUUUGGCGACAAUGCCGAUGUGCUGGAAAUGAAGAACAAAACGCUCUCCUCCGAGUAUUUCAACACAACCAGCUCAGUUAAUCACAACGCCUACCCCUACUCCAAGGUGACCGCCGAGAAAGAGGCUUGGGAGCUGUAUGAAGCGCAGCCAACACCCCCACGCUGGAAGCUGGUGACUAUCAACCCUGGACUUGUCCUGGGGCCGUCCUUAUCUCCAACAUCCGAGUCCGGCAGUCUGUCUUUGCUUGACCAGCUCCUACGCGGUGAGCUCUUUUUUGGGGUGCCAGAUAUGUGGUUCGCAAUUGUUGAUGUGCGAGAGGUUGCAACAGCCCAUAUCCGAGCUGCCCAAACUCCUGAUUCUCACGGUCGCUAUAUCCUGGCCGACAGCAAAACGCACGGUUUUGGGGAACUUGCUCGCAUCCUACGAUCUAUCACUCAAUCUUCCAAAAUCCCGAACAAUAAACUCCCGAAUACCUUAGUCCGCAUGUUUGGGCCAGUGCUCGGCUUAUCUCAAAAGUGGCUGAGACUGAACCUGGGAAUCCCUUUCGACAUCGACAAUCGCCCUAGCUUAGAUCAGUUGAAUAUCGUUUACCGGCCUCUGGAGGAGACAUUGACGGACCAUUACCGGACUUGGAAAAGUGCACAGAGCCACUGA